AUGAUUAGACAGAUAUGUAACACUUAUUUUGGAACAAGACGUAAUGUCUUCAAAUCUUCACCAGAAAAAUCAAAGGCUAUAAAAAUUAAUAACCGCCGUAACAAUAGAACAUUAAAGACUAUUAAAGUGCGUGAUAUUAUUGAUGCUAAAGUUAAGGUUGAACAACAACGUCAAGCAAAGUUACACAAAGGUUCUGUUAGUGGAAUAACAACUCCUAAUCAACAUAUACCAGUAUCUCCAAAUAAAGAUAAAUUUCGUCAACUAGUAUCAUUCAUUCCAGCCUGCCCAAUAUCAUCAAAUUUUCCGCGUUGGGCUAUUAAGAAAUCAUACAAUCUAAAUACUGGUAUUUAUAAUGCAGUAGACUCAGAUUCAGAAUAUGAAACCAUAAAUCAAGAUAUAGCGAAGUCUACUCAAAUGAAUGUUGAUUCAGUAACAGAGGGCUUUGAAAGUGAUUUAACAAGAUCAUUGAAUAAUUUCAAUAAUAAAGUUACAAAUUCUGAGCAGUAUUCCUUGUUGGACAAUAAUAAUCAGAUAAUGACAGUUUCUGAAGAAGCAUUAUUAGCAAGUUCUACAAGACUUGAUAUCGAACUAAAUAAUACAUGUGAUCAAUCAUUAUCCAAGCAAGUUGAUAGAAACGCAAAUGAUCAGCGUGAUCAGGAAUUAGUGAAACCACCAAAACCUGCUCCAAAGACUACUAAAAAACGAAAAUCAAACUUAAAACCAGUUUUCCGAAAUACAUGUUCUAGAGCGGCCAAAUAAAGUUACUAAUGCUUAUAAGAUAAUUUUUACGCUUCAUCAACUUGCAUUUAAUUGAAAUUUCAAAAUUUACUUGAAAUUUAUGCAUUGUAAAUUAAUUAUCAUAAUUUAAUUAAAUUUUAUUAUAUGUGCAGUAUACGUAGA